ACAACCAUCAUCAGGCAAUCAGAGAACAUAGGGAGAUUAAGAGAUCACACGUGCAGAUCAACAUCACAAUUUGCUAUGAUGGCUUUGAUGACCAUGACAUCUUCAUUUUUCCCGGCCCUCUCAAAGCUACCAGCAACCAUCUCUGGCAACAACAGACGAAGCCUCACUGUGGUCAAAGCCUCCAUGAGCGAUAACACAACCAAGCAAGAACAGAGCAUGAAGAUGAGAAGGGAUCUAACGUUCACGGCUGCAGCUGCGGCUGUGUGCACCUCAGCCGAAGUGGCAAUGGCAGAAGAAGAAGAACCCAAGAAAGGGACAGAAGCAGCCAAGAAGAAGUAUGCUCCUGUCUGUGUCACAAUGCCUACCGCCAAGAUUUGCCGUAACUAAAUUCACUAUUUUCACCAACUAAACUAUAUAUAUAUAUAUAUAUAUAUAUAUAUCAACUCCAUGUGUCUCAUCAAAUAUUCUCAGUCAGUAUGUAAUGAUCAUAGUUGAUUAAAUCUAUUAAAAAAAAACUCUGUUAAUGUACUUUAAUCGUCCACUGUUGUCAGCAAAUACUUCUACUCAACCUUUGGCUA